ACCGCCCCCGCGCCGGCUCAGCCCGCCCGGCCCGGCUCAGCCCGCCCGCCCGGGCGGCUGCGUGCGCGGGAGGCGGCGGCGGGCGCAGAGCGCGGCCGGGCGCUGUCGGCGGAGCGAUGUUUAGCUGGCUGGGGAAGCAGGGCGGCGGGCGGGAGCGCGGCGGCGGCACCGACGUAGUGCAGACGGUGACCGGGGGGCUGCGGGACCUCUACCUCCGCAAGCUGCUGCCGCUGGAGGAGCACUACCGCUUCCAUGACUUCCACUCGCCCGCCUUGGAGGAGGCCGACUUCGAGAACAAGCCCAUGGUGCUGCUGGUGGGGCAGUACAGCACCGGCAAGACCACCUUCAUACGAUACCUGCUUGAACAAGACUUUCCAGGCAUGCGGAUUGGUCCAGAGCCCACCACGGAUUCUUUUAUUGCUGUGAUGUACGGAGAUUCAGAAGGAAGUGUUCCUGGAAAUGCCCUAGUUGUGGAUCCUAAGAAGCCAUUCCGCAAACUGAGCCGCUUUGGAAAUGCUUUCCUGAACAGGUUCAUGUGUUCUCAGUUACCUAACCAGGUACUGAAAAGCAUCAGUAUCAUCGACAGCCCUGGCAUUCUCUCUGGAGAGAAGCAGCGCAUCAGCAGAGGCUACGACUUCUGCCAAGUCCUGCAGUGGUUUGCUGAGAGGGUCGACCGCAUCAUCCUCCUUUUUGAUGCUCAUAAGCUGGAUAUAUCGGAUGAGUUUUCAGAAGCUAUUAAGUCAUUCCGUGGCCAGGAUGACAAGAUUCGAGUGGUGCUUAAUAAGGCCGACCAAGUGGACACACAGCAGCUGAUGAGGGUCUAUGGUGCGCUCAUGUGGUCCCUGGGAAAGGUGAUCAACACUCCAGAAGUGCUGCGGGUCUACAUAGGCUCCUUUUGGGCCCAUCCUCUCCGAAACACAGAGAAUCGAAGACUCUUUGAAGCUGAGGCACAGGAUCUUUUCAAGGAUAUCCAGAGUCUCCCGCAGAAGGCCGCUGUGCGGAAACUCAAUGACCUCAUUAAGAGGGCAAGACUUGCAAAGGUUCAUGCUUAUAUCAUCAGCUAUCUGAAAAAAGAAAUGCCCUCUGUGUUUGGAAAAGAGAACAAGAAGAAGGAACUGAUCAGCAGAUUACCUGAGAUCUACAUCCAGCUGCAAAGGGAAUACCAUAUCUCAGCAGGGGACUUCCCUGAAGUCAAGAAAAUGCAGGAGCUGUUGGAGACUUGCGACUUCACUAAGUUUCACUCUUUGAAACCAAAGCUAAUUGAAGCUGUGGAUAACAUGCUGGCCAACAAAAUUGCAUCCCUGAUGAGCCUGAUCAGACAGGAAGAGAGCAACAUGCCCACAGAGAUGGUACAUGGUGGAGCAUUUGAUGGCACCAUGGCAGGACCUUUUGGCCACGGAUAUGGAGAAGGUGCUAAAGAAGGAGCUGAUGAAGAUGAAUGGGUUGUUGCCAAAGAUAAACCUGCUUAUGAUGAGAUUUUCUACACUCUGUCACCAAUCAAUGGCAAAAUAUCUGGGAUCAGUGCAAAGAAAGAAAUGGUGACUUCUAAACUACCCAACAGUGUCUUGGGAAAGAUCUGGAAACUUGCAGACUGUGAUGGCGAUGGGAUGUUGGAUGAUGAAGAGUUUGCAUUAGCAAAACAUCUUAUCAAGAUUAAACUGGAUGGAUAUGAACUGCCUGGCACUCUGCCUUCCCACCUGGUGCCACCAUCUCACAGGAAACCUUUGCAGACAGCAGAGUGAAAAAUACAAGAAGAAUGAGGAUUUUGGAAAAUUUUCAACAAAUGUGUUUAAAACCACCAAAAUUUGAAAUUAGGCUUAGACCCUUAAACCUCACAGCACAUUUCACGCAAGUUACUGAAAUUAGAAGCAUAGUAGCAGGGAAACAUUCAUGUAGUUGUCCCUGCUGACCUUCACUGAGACACGCUUAUCACAAGUGCCUUGUAUAGAUGUAUCAUAAUGUGUGAUGAUAAGGUGAAAAUGUUUCUGUAGUCCUGCUUCCAUGUCUUGCUGCCUGUACAACCAUAAAGCAGAAAAGACCAUGUAUAAAAAAAUCACUGACCUUCACCAAACCUAGAUUCUCUUAUCAACCGUAAGUCUCUCCAAAGUACUUUAAGUAGUGAAAGGAAGCUUUAAAUGUUAAAUUCACCUGCCUAUGCAAGGAACAUUUUCUAUGCUAAAAACAUACUUUAGACAUAAAGUGAAUGUCAGCAUCUCUGUAGUUCAAGAAAAGGCAGACAUAAAAGGAGAUUUUAUUUUUGUUCUUUUUUAAUUUAAUUUGGGGGUAGAAAAAGAGAGAACAGUAAUGGAGAGUCUUUUAGGUGCUCAGAAUAUGAGCAGACUUGUUUUAAAACCUCACUGAUUAUAGCUAAAACUGCAAAAUAUUAAAAUGAUUCUUCCAGUGUGUCAUCACUGUGUCUUGUUACCUGAAGAGCUGCUUCAGUUUUAAACAGCACUAUGUACUCAGUAUUAACGUUAAAAGAACUGAAUCUCCUUUCUUCCUUGGAUAUGUAGUUUCUUUUGAGGUUUCAGUUUGUCUGCUCUGCAGACAAUGAAUUCCUGAGUUCUUCAAAAUGACAGCAGAAUGUUUUCAUAAGCUUAAAAAAAGCCUCAUUUUCUGUUCACAAAAGGUGCAUUGCUCAAAGUCAGCCUCUUCAAAGCACAUCAAAUUGUCUCGGGAAAUUUUCAUUAGUAUAUAAUUUCUAUUUACAGGUAAUUAUAAAGUAAUGUCUGUAUUUUUUUUCAUAUAUAAUGUUUUUAAAAAAAGUUUUUAAGUGUUUCUUUUACCAACAAGUAGCUGACAACCACAGAAGAGAGAUUUGAUUCCUUAUGGUGGCAGAUUUGAAAGAUGGGGUCUUUACAUAGGCUGUAAUAAAUGAUAGACUAGUCCCUCCAAAUGUUAUUCCUUUAUUGAAAACAAUCUAUGAAAGGAAUGGAUGCUUAAUAAACAUUCAUUUUUCUAACAACACAAUUGAAGUUGAACACAUCAGCUCCUUACAACUGAUUUUUAUCAGUAUCUUAAAAGAAUUUAGAUUUUUGGCCCUGUGAACUUCAUUCUUUUAGGGAGGGCCAGUUAUUUUCUAAAGUCAAAGUUGGCAGCCAGUUUUGCUCUGUGCAUGUGGGCGAGAAGUGACUUGUACUCCAUUUGUAGUAUGAAAUACCUUGCACAUCAAAAGUACUGUAAUUGUGAGGACUUUUUCUUUGGAUCUCAGUAGGUAGUGGCAUUAGUGCCUUCUGAGGGAGAGCAAGCCAAAAAGUACGUUUGUAUCCUUGCAGUGGGAGUGGAGACAGAAGUAGUUUGGGUAUUGUCUCCCAGUUUUUAGUCACAUUUACGUGUCCAGAUUUGUAGGUGACCUCAGAAGAGUCUCAGCUUCCUUUUUCAAAUUGUACACUUGUAGGUUGUCAGUUAAGCUUAGUAGUUCAAAUCUUUCCAGACCUCUUAUAUUUCUGCAUCUGAUGUGAAAUUACCGUGAACUUUGCCAGGGUUCUGCCAUGUGAAAACAAUGAAGCUAUUUUAAGUAAUGACAGAACACCUCUACCUUGCCAGGCUUCCUGACCUGUAUCAAGGAUAUCCUGGCAUAAAAUGUUCUUGAGGACUUGCUUGCCUUUUUUAAUUCUUAGAUUUUUCUCUUACCAUUCAAGCAUACCAACUUUAUUUCUAUUAGACCUAAAUUAGGAGCCAAAUUAGCCUUAGUGAAUCUCUGUGCGGUUCAGUAGAACUGUGAAACUUGACCAUGGGUCUACCUGUGUGACUGCACAUCUGCAGAGUAACUGAUUUUUCUAUAUAAUUUAUUUUUGAUUGAACAAAAGGUAGUCUGUAGACAUUGUAGGGAGUUGUUUAAAAAAAAGGCAGGCUGCAGAAGUAGUAAUGAAUGCUUGUUUGUGUGUAGUGUCUGCAGUCAGUAACAAAUUCCUACAUUAAUGAACAGCCUGACCAGCUUAGCAAGGAAAGCCACCAGGAGAAAGCAAGCAAGCUCCAGUACUGUGACUGCUGUAGUGUGGGUAAAGCUGAGAGGAUCUGGGAAGUUGCUGAUGAUCUGACUAUGUCUGCCUUACCUUGCUCUUCAGCUGCACAGGGUUCCAGGUAGACCCAUGUUUUAAUUCCCACUGUGUGUAGCUUCUGGGGUGAUGCUCCAAAUGCUUUGGAGCUGUGUGAUCCCAUGGCAGUAGAGUAGUGAGAGGAGCAGGAUAGUUUUUUCAGUGCUUUUGUUUUCUUUGUCUAGCUUUGCUGGUAGUAAAGUGGAGAACGUAGCCUUUUCUGCAGACUCCAUGCGAGUGUCCUAACUUGGGUUUAGGAGAAACAACUUUAAAUGCAUCAUUUUGGUAAGUUAAAAUAUUUUGUCUAGAAAGGGUUGAAAUGUUCUGCUUUGUUUUCAUGUAGAACUUGGAAGGGGAAUAUACAAAGUAAGUACAGGAGUAGAGGUAGAUUUCCUCUGUUUAUCUGGAGGAAUAGAACUGUUUCAGGAUCAGCUUGCUGAGCUGCAUCCAUAAAUGCAUUUCUAGAUACGUGGUGCAGUGCACUAGUAUUGUACUUAGUUGGUAGGAAUAAAGUACGUUUCAUGUGGACUUUAAACAGCAGUUUCUUGCACAGCUAAACCGAUACAGUAGGUGGCUGUUGCUCAGAGGAAGGGAUCUCUUUUCUUGCUACCUCCUCGCAUACCUGUGGAUCCACUCCAUUUGCCUUGCUGGCUCUCUGGCUUGUCAGAUCCUGCAAGCCCAUUCAGUUAGUUAAACUAGCCACACACAACAGUUUGGGUAGUGUUCUGUGGAGUUAGUGAGUUCAUGUGUGAGGAGCACAAGAAGGGAGCAGGGCUACCUUCUCUUAUGAAAUUGUGCUUGAAGUAGUUACUGGUGUUUGGUGUGAUGUUACUGAUCUCUGCUGUAAAGGACUAAGAUGUUGGAUUAGUUGGCCAUCUUAUGCCUAGGAUUUUGAUUACAUUUGUUGCAAGACCAUUCAAAACUGUCAGCAACUCAUCCUGUGAAAUCAGUGCCCACUACUGUAGUCCGCUGCCAUAAACCAAAGUAGAGACUGCCGCUUUUACCUCUUCUCCAACUGUUCUGCAACAUGGUUUAAUUCUUAACCCUUGUUCUGUUCCCACAGAAUUUGAUUAGACUUUUGUUGUAGAUUGGAACAGAAAAUGUGGGACUGCUGCUCAUAACCACACUACAGGAUAGCAAGAGCCUUUUAAAGCUGUGAGAGCUUGAAAAUGGUGAGUUCACAAAUACUUUGUAGGUCAGGCUGAGUCCCUGUUGUUAUUUGGGGAUGGUAUGGAUUUGUGUGGAACCUGGUCUCAAAGCAGCAGUAUCCGGUCGCUGACUUUCAACAGUGUCGUUCAUUCCUCAGUACUUGAAAUGUGCCCUCUUUACAUUCUUUCUAGUUCCUUCCCUUCACUAUGUGCACUCACUUUCGUUGAUCUUUAUAUUGUUAGAAUUUAAGCAGAGAGUUUGAAGUGUAUGGUUUGCUGGGUAUGUUUAAACUUAGCACUGAGAGAAUGAGUAUGAACUUUGUUUCUUACUUCACAUGCUCACUUUUUCUAAUAUUUAUGUUAAAUACUGUGUUUCCACUUCAAAGGCACUGUAAUUUUUGAGGGAAGACUUGAUCUGUGUAGUGUGCUACAGUUUGUCCAACUAGGGAAGCAAAGUUUUAAGUUCAUUAUUGUUGCACUUUUAUUACACAAUAAAUUCCUUUCAGAUACUGUAAUAUAUUUUAAUAUGCUUUGUAAUCAUUUUUAGAAAGUGGUGAUAAAAAUUGCUGAUUUAAUAAACUAAUAUUGAACUACCUGA